CAUGUUUCAACAGUUAGUCAAAACAUCACUAAUCGGACGGUGUAAAACGUUUCUACCUCAAGACACAACGGCUCGGUAACGUUACCGCGACCAUCUUACAGAUAUGCUCAUGUUCGUAAAGACGCGAGAAAUGGCCCGCAUGAGAUCCCGGCACGUCUGCCUACUCGUCACCAUCCUGAUCAUCGUGGUGUUCUCCAGUCUGCCGUGGGUCACGCAGUCCGAGGCCCAAGUCGAAGAAAAGAACGAUGAUGUCCCCAACGGCGAGGACGAAGCCGAUGAAGACGAACCUUACCGGCAUCCCAAAAACAUCUUAAAAGUUCCAAAGGACGCGGACUCGGCGGACGCGGAGGAAGAAACGGAAGAGAAGGGAACAGAAGAACCGGAGGAGAUGUGUCCACCCAACAUGGGAGACAACUACAUCACCUUAGAGGACGGCACCAUUAAGGUUGACAUGGCCAGGCUGCAGGCAGAAGGCUGGGAGAAGCUCGACUGUCGGUACCAGGCGUUCUCACGCAAAAUGGACCACGAUAUCACUUUCAACCCGAAGGAUGUGAUCCAGGAUCUCGGCAAAAAGGGCGAAAUCUCGUUCCCAAUGAAGCACGAGUUCGUGAAGGUGGAGUGUCGUCUGGUGUCCAACAGUACCAGGAAGACGAUCUACAGACUCUUUUUACAGGAACAGUUGUAG